UCUCUUCAAUAAAUCAUGUCAGAUGGUGAGGAGGAGGAGGAGGAGACUUGCAAUCUGAAGCAAUAUUCUUCUUCAAUAUAUAAUAAGAUGCUACCGAGAAGCUCUUCAACCCCACACGUAGGGACCAUCAGAGACUUUGACUACACACCGUCCGAUCGCCACACCUCCAAACUUUCCUUCUCCCAUUGUCCCAACUUGACAUGUUCAGCCUAUCACUGCGCUUCCCAGUUGUCUGAGUGCAAUCAAGAACCCUCCAGCUUUCGCUCCAGAGCCUUUCGACGAGCCUUUUCUGAUGGGAACUUGGAAGGCUUGGGCUAUACUUGUUCUAACUUAGACGAGUUUCGCAAUCCGACUACACCCAGAAAUUCUUUGUUUAAACGUAACAAAUCAAUGUUGCAAUCGUCGCCGUCUUUUUCGAUAUUUAAUUCGAGUGACGAGUCUCAAGAUGAAGAGAGCGCGCCGCAAGAUCCGAGUAAAGGAGCGUUGAAGAGAACUGUGACAAUCGGAGAGAGCAUAGAAGGAGUAACUGGGUCUGGGGAAUUCUGUUUUAGUAAGAAAAGUAUGAGCUUGAUCCAGGAGGGGAAAGAGGAGGAAGAAGAAGGUGUAAAUGAGGUUCAGAAUCUGAGUUUUGAAGAAGCAGAAAAUAGACCAGCUAGUCCUCGCAUGUAUCUUGCUACAGGGCUGGGAAUUGACAUGUUUGGUGCUGGUGUGGGUAUUGGCGGUUUCGAUGGGGUCGAUUUAACUGUGGCCAACUUUGAUGAUGGUAGCGGCGAUGUUGAAGAGUAUUAUAAGAGGAUGGUUGAUGAAUAUCCCUGCCACCCUUUGUUUCUGAGAAACUAUGCCCAUGUUUUGCAGUCCAAGGGAGACCUUCCAGGAGCGGAGGAAUACUAUUCUCGUGCUACACUAGCAGAUCCUGAAGAUGGUGAAAUUUUGCUGCAGUAUGCUAAAAUCAUGUGGGAGUGUCAUCGUGACAAAGAUAGAGCCUUCAUUUACUUUGAACGUGCAGCUCAAGUGGCUCCUCAGGAUAGCCACAUUCUUGCAGCAUAUGCUAGUUUUCUCUGGGAAAUAGAGGAUGGCAAGGAAGAAGAUGAAGCACAUCAAGAUCACAUCCAGAUUGAAGAGGAAAAACACACGAAAGAACUUGAAAUCUCAACCUCCAAAGAAGAAAUUGAAUUACUUAGUCCAUCCCUACACGUUGCAGCAGGGCUUGCGAUGGAUGUGGCUGAUAUUACUGCAGAUGAAUCCAGCAAGGGUGGCAAUGUUGAGGAGUAUUAUAAGAAGAUGGUUGAGGAGAAUCCUAACAACCCCUUGUUUCUAAGAAAUUAUGCUCAGUUCCUGUGCCAGUCCAAGGGAGACCUCCGAACAGCAGAGGAUUUUUACAUGCGCGCCAUACUUGCUGAUCCUGGAGAUGGUGAAAUCAUUUCGCUCUAUGCUAAAUUGGUGUGGGAACUUCAUCAUGACAAAGAUAAAGCGUUGUGCUACUUUGAGAGAUCAGUUCAGGCUGCUCCUGGAGAUAGCCAUGUUCUUGCAGCAUAUGCUAGUUUCCUCUGGGAAACAGAAGACGAGGAAGAAGGUGAUGCAAGGCCCGACUGCAUUCAGAUGCCUCUUCUCCACGAGCAAGCCAUGAAAGCUGCACAUGCUUAACCCCAACACAGCUUGCGAGAGCAAUAAGAGUUGAUGUGCAAAAGCAUGAAACCAGCUGCAUGGCUGUCUGAAGGCUAAAACCUUUCAGUGAUGUUGGACCUAUUUUUGAAAUUUGGGGUCCAAACCUAGUAAGGUAAAAUAAAGCAAAACUUAAACACAAACUUUAGUAUGCUAUUGUUACCCGAUUAGCCAAAAAUGGGAAUAAAUAAAAAGGUUUUUCAGUACUGUUGAAGGCGGCAUGGCACAUAUGCAAUAAGCCGUUUGAGACUUCACUUCGAUUUAAGUCUGAUUGAAAUAUAUGAUUGUCAUUAUGUUAGCGUAGUGAGGAACUUGCACAUUCUCCUCUGUUUUGUGCCAAUAAAACGUAGCUGCUUUAGGGUUUUAGUAUGAGGAAAGCCAUGAAGUUGCAUUGCGAUUGAAUUUGUUUUGGAAUAGGUGAUCAGGAACACUCGAUCAAGCGAUUAUUUUGUAUGAUAGAUUACAGUAUGAGGAACAUGAUAUAAAUGCAUUUAUGCAGUGAAUAUUAAUGUAAUCCCUUGAAAUUCCUACUAC